GCGGCGGCGGCGGCCGGGCCGUCGGUCGAUCGGCGCGAUGCGGCUGUCGGUGGCCGCCGCCAUCUCGCACGGCCGCGUGUUCCGGCGGCUCGGGCUCAGCCCGCGGUCGCGCCUGGACCUGCUGCGGAACCUGGUGACCGCGCUGGUGCGCUAUGAGCGCAUCGAGACGCCCUGGGCGCGGGCCGACGAGAUGCGCGGCUACGCCGAGCGGCUCAUCGACUACGCCAAGCGGGGGGACAGGGACGAGCGCGCCAUGCGCAUGGCGGAUUUCUGGCUGACCGAGAAGGACCUCAUCCACAAGCUGUUCAAGGUGCUGGCGCCCCGCUUCCAGACGCACCCCGGCAGCUACACGCGGCUGCUGCAGAUCCCCAACCGGGACGGGCUGGACCGCGCGAAGAUGGCGGUGAUCGAGCUGAAGGGGAACCCGCUGCCGCCGCUCGUCCGCCCGCGCCGCGACUCCGACAGGACGCUGCUGAACCAGCUGCUCAAGGGGUGCCGGCAGGACGCGCGGCCCCGGGGCACCCCCGUCUAGCGGCGGGCCUGGAGAAGGGAAGGCGUGGCAGGAGGGAUGGAGGGUGAUGGAAGUUGCCGUGGCCAGGCGUGAGUUCGCUGGCUGCUUCCAGUGCUUUGAAUAGAGACUCAGCAGAAGGAAGCCAAGCUAGGAGCCGUGAUGAUUGGUACUUUCUGUGUAAAUAAACUUUGUUCAGAAAGUCA